GUAACUAGUUGUCAUCUGUGUGCGUUGUCUGUGUGUAUGUACAGCAAGCAUCUGUUGUCUGUCUAGAGUCGUUGACCUGGAGGACAGCGAGAGUGUGAGAGAUGUGAAGAAGCAGCUGAGAGACAAGGAGAUGAAGCUGACGGACAUCAGACUCGAGGCGCUGACGUCGGCCCACCAGCUGGAGCAGCUGAGGGAGCAGGUCGGCAAGAUGAGGGAUGAGAUGAUGAACUUGAAGCAUGAGAACAAAAAGCUGUAGAAGGCGAUGUCUAGCGGCGGUGGUUCCAUCGCAGGCUCACAGAUGUCGCUCAACAACCGACACAGCUUCGACUCGGUCGACCACCGACUCAGCCUCACUGACAUAUCCGCAACGGGCAGGAAUAUUCUUUCGUUGUUCGUCGGCAGAAUUGUCUAUAGGAGAUGAUGCCAAGAAGGAGGGAAGGUGGAUAUCAGUGUCAGUGUACAUAGGUGGGCACACGGACUCAAGCAAGUGUGCGCAUGCGGACAAACAAGCAGACAUUCUGAUUGGAUCCAUCUUCGUUAGCGGCAAGACCAAGUGGGAACUGCUCGACAAUAUAGUGAGGAGGAUAUUCAAGGAGUACGUGCUGCGCGUGGAUCCCGUCUCUAACGUUAGCAGGAGUGCGCGCUGCGCGUGGAUCCCGUCUCUAACGUUAGCAGGAGUGCGCGCUGCGCGUGGAUCCCGUCUCUAACGUUAGCAGGAGUACGCGCUG